AUGACCAGUACCCAAACCGGUAUAAUCUCAAGUUGGUACGACUUCGCCGUGCUGCUCGUGGUGUUUCCUGUUUGUCAAUGGGGAAACAGCGGACACAAAGGCCGGUGGAUAGGAUGGGGCGGAGUGGUGAUGGCGCUCGGCUCGUUGAUUUGCGCUCUUCCGCAUUGGCUCAUCAGUCCCUACAAACCAGAGCAUUCAGCGUUUAACGUGACCGAUUUCGGGCAGUGCACACUCAGGGAACUGGAAGAGACUACGUGUGAAGACCAGUCAUCAUUGCCUUCCUUUCUGAACCCGUAUUUUCUUCUGUUCAUCCUCGGCCAGACACUGCAUGGUGUUGGCUCAACGCCGCUGUUCUCCAUCGGUACGACCUUCAUCGACGAAAGCGUCACGCAGAAAGCCUCACCAGUUUACCUAGCAAUUCACGCCGUGCUGACUUCAUUCGGACCGGUGAUUGGUGUAUUUGUGGGUGGAUUUCUGCUAAACAUCUACGACGAUUUUGACAGAGUCGAUCAUCCACCAAUAGCUCGUUCGGACCCUCGUUGGAUUGGCGCAUGGUGGAUUGGAUUUCUGGCGUCGUCGAUCGCCGCGCUAUUGAUAGCAUUCCCAAUACUGGGGUUCGCACGAGAACUUCCCGAAGCCAAACGACAUCGAGCUAAAGACGUCAAUCAGGUUCAUGUAGUUAACGCGAACUUGAACGAAAAGGAACUGAAGGACGCGAAGAAAUUACCAGUUGUGAUCAUGAAAAUCUGUCGAAAUCCAACGUUCAUCGUAUGCAUAAUGAUUGGUAUUUUCGAAUCGAUCAUCAUCAACGGUUUUGCCGCUUUCAUGCCGAAAAUCCUUGAAACUCUGCUCAGUAUUUCGCCCAUGUUGGCCUCCUACUUAUCCUGUGAGUACCACUCUCGAUUAUGGAAUUUAAUCCGAUUUGUGAGCAAAGCACUGGACGAAUGUACUUCUCUCCGUGUCACGCGGGAUGCAGAAGUAAAACAGAACAGGGCCACAAAACUGAAUGGAUGGAUUGCCAAUGUCUGGAGUCGAACUUCACGCACGGUCACGAAGAUCGACAGCAUGAUGCGACUCUUC